AAGUAAAGGUGGGCGGUGUUGACAGCGUCCAGAAGGGCGCCGCGGUGUCAGCGGAGGCGGCCUGAGCUCCCUCUGAGAGUUUGUCGGGGAGGGUCUGUUCUGGUGUCAGGAUGAUUCCCACGGAGGAGGCGUCUGCCCGGAGGAGGGAAAUAGAAGAGAAACUCAAGCAGGAAGAAGAAACACUUUCUUUCAUUAGGGAGAGUCUGGAAAAAAGUGACCAGCUUACAAAAAACAUGGUUUCCAUUCUCUCAUCCUUUGAAAGUCGCCUAAUGAAGCUGGAGAAUUCAAUAAUCCCUGUACAUAAGCAAACUGUAAAUCUUCAGCGCCUACAAGAGAAUGUUGAAAAGACACUGUUCUGUUUGGAUCAUGUUAUAAGCUAUUACCAUGUAGCAAAAGACACAGAGAAGAUAAUAAGAGAAGGUCCUACAGGGAGACUGGAAGAAUAUUUGGGCUGCAUGGCUAAAAUCCAGAAGGCUGUGGAAUAUUUCCAAGAUAAUAAUCCUGACAGCCCAGAACUGAAUAGGGUGAAAUCAUUGUUUGAGAAGGGAAAGGAGUCAUUGGAAUCUGAAUUUCGUAGCCUUAUGACUCGACACUCCAAACCAGUUCCACCCAUCCUCAUCCUGGAUCUCAUUACAUUGGAUGAUGAAAUGGAAACCCAAGAAGAUGUGACCUUAGAACACCUUCCUGAAAGUGUCCUACAAGACAUUGUCCGUAUUGCUGGCUGGCUGGUGGAAUAUGGGAGGAACCAAGAUUUCAUGAAUGUUUACUACCAGAUCCGUUCCAGCCAACUGGACCGUGCUAUCAAAGGUCUGAAGGAACAUUUUCGAAAAAAUAGCUCUUCUUCGGGGGUUCCAUAUUCCCCUGCUAUUCAGAACAAAAGGAAAGACACACCAACCAAAAAACCUAUCAAAAGACCAGUCCUCAUCCCAGGCACGAUCCGUAAGGCUCAGAACCUUCUGAAACAGUAUUCUCAACAGUGUCUAGAUGGGAAAAAGGGGGCCUCUAACCUCAUUCCUACGGAAGGUCAUGAGCAUGAUUUACGAGUUAAACAUCUUCGAGAUACCCUGGCAGACAAGCAUGGGCCAGCUGCUGGAAGAGAUGACAUGCUGGACAUGGAGAUCGAUGCAUACAUCCAUUGUGUCAGUGCCUUCAUCAAACUGGCCCAAAGUGAAUACCAGCUUCUGACAGAAAUCAUCCCAGAACAUCACCAGAAGAAGACAUUUGACUCACUUAUCCAGGAAUCUUUAGAUAAUCUGAUGAUAGAGGGGGACAAUAUUGUCUCUGCUGCCCGGAAGGCCAUCAUACGUCAUGAUUAUUCAGCUGUGCUGACAAUCUUCCCCAUCCUGAGGCAUUUAAAGCAGACAAAGCCAGAAUUUGAUCAAGUUUUGCAGGGCACUGCAGCUGGCACUAAGAAUAAGCUUCCAAGUCUUAUAACUUCAAUGGAGACAACAGGAGCCAAGGCUCUGGAAGAUUUUGCAGACAACAUCAAGAAUAAUCCUGACAAGGAAUACAAUAUGCCAAAAGAUGGAACAGUUCAUGAGCUCACCAGCAACGCCAUGCUCUUUCUGCAGCAGUUGCUGGAUCUUCAGGAAACAGCUGGUGCAAUGUUGCCAUCCCAAGUUCUUGGGGACACAUACAAUAUUCCUUUAGAUCCUAGAGAGACCAGCUCUUCAGCCAGUAGCUACAGUUCUGAAUUCAGUAGAAGGCUGCUCAGCACCUACAUCUGCAAAGUUCUUGGCAACUUACAACUAAACCUUCUCAGUAAAUCCAAGGUUUAUGAGGACCCAGCUUUAAGUGCCAUCUUCCUGCAUAACAACUACAAUUACAUUCUCAAGUCCCUUGAAAAGUCUGAACUAAUCCAGUUGGUGGCUGUGACGCAGAAAAAACCAGAAAGAACUUACAGAGAACACAUUGAGCAGCAGAUCCUGACGUACCAGCGCAGUUGGUUAAAAGUUACAGAUUACAUCUCAGAUAAAAACCUGCCUGUCUUUCAACCUGGAGUCAAGCUCAAAGACAAGGAAAGGCAGAUGAUCAAGGAGCGCUUUAAGGGUUUUAAUGAUGGUCUGGAGGAGCUGUGCAAAAUCCAGAAGGCUUGGGCUAUCCCUGACACAGAGCAGAGGGACAAAAUCCGACAGGCCCAGAAAACCAUUGUGCAAGAGACCUACGCUGCCUUCCUCAACAGGUAUGGCAACGUACCCUUUACCAAGAAUCCUGAGAAAUACAUUAAGUACAGAGUGGAGCAGGUGGGUGAGAUGAUUGAGAAGCUGUUCGACACAUCAGCAUGACCUUCCCACUCUGAUGCCUUCCUAGUCCUCUUUCCCAGCCCACUUUGGAGGCCGUGGGCUGUGCUUGUAUUUAUCAGCUUUAUAAACUCCUAAGAACAUGA